UUCAGUGUUAUUAGCCAUAUAAAUUACUGUAUUUAAAAUUAAUAUGAAUUUUGGAUUAUAAGAGAGAAUCCUGAUUAGUGUUUUCUUUUUUUUUAUUGAGUAAUUGGUGAUCAUCUAAUAAGGAAACGUUCACACUUCACAGAUGAGCUGCUUCUGAGCAAGGAUGAGUGACUCCGAAGAUUCAAACUCCAGUGGUCGGGAUGAUUUCAAACGGGUGCGAGGGCCUGCAGAUCUCCAAAGGCGUCGUCUAGAGCGUUUGAUGAAAAAUCCUGAGAAGGAAGUCCAUAUUGCGGAACCACCUAAAAACAAGCCACCUCCCGCGCCUCCGGAAUAUGUCCGAUUUUAUAUGGGUUCCAGCGCUGGGGCUGGAAGCGGGGAGUUUCAUAUAUACCGCAAUCUCAGGAGAAAGGAACAAAACCGGAUGCGGUAUAUUGAUGAACAAGCGAAGAAGGAUGAUUUGCAAAAAGCCUUCGUAGAAAGAGUUUCGGAACAGAAGCGCGCCGCGGACAAGAAAGCGGAAAAGAAACGUGCUAAGCGGUUGAAGAAGAAGGCUAAAAAAGCGAACAAGAAGGGCGAUACGAACACACAGCAGAAGGACACUAAUCAGGAGGAAAGUGAUGAUUCUUCAGAUGACAGCGGCUCGGAUAAUACGGAAAAACCUGCUGCAUCCGACACUUUUGCUGAAAAAGUACAGGAAGAAACAGCAAUUCCACACAGUGCAAGCGGCAGUGGAUCUGUUUCUGACGCCGACCGAUCCGUUGUUGGUCAUAAAUCGUAAUUAAUUUAACAUAUUCGCGAAGAAAUUUUUUGGGACGAAUUAAUUGUAGCUUUCCCGUUACAUUCUUCUUCUUUGCACGGUAUGUGUUUCAGAUUUUUUAGUUCGGAACGCGGUAUGCCUAUUUUGCUUUUUGAUAUGUUUGCUGAACUCGCUUCAGCUGACUGUAGGUGUUGUUUCCACAGCAAUGGAGUUUCCAUGUACAGUACUUGUUAGUGCUUUUAAUCGCAAGUGUUACCUGUUUGAUUGGUUCUGAUUACAACAAGGAAUUACUUCAGAAGUCAGAUUACUUACUGUAC